AAUUGCUUAAACAUAUUUGCAUAGCAUUAUAGAUAUUUUCAAAACCAUGAUGGAGGUUGCCAAGGUUUUCCUAGCUCUUACUUGUCUCAUGGCCUUAGCCUUGGUCCUCCCCUCCCAUGCCCAAGACUCCCCUCAAGACUACCUCAAUGCUCACAACACGGCUCGUGCAGCGGUCGGUGUUGGCCCCAUGACUUGGGACAACAACGUAGCUGCCUUUGCACAAAACUACGCCAAUCAGCACAUUGGCGAUUGCAACCUCGUGCACUCCGGUGGACCUUAUGGCGAGAACCUUGCAAUGAGCAGCGCUGACCUUUCGGGAACCAACGCCGUGAGGAUGUGGGUUGAUGAGAAGGCCGACUAUGAUUACUCCUCUAACACUUGUGCACCAGGCAAGGUUUGCGGGCAUUACACUCAGGUGGUUUGGCGCAGCUCGGUUCGUCUCGGUUGUGCUAAGGUAAGGUGCAGCAAUGGUGGAACUUUCAUCGGUUGCAACUAUGACCCUCCAGGCAACUUCGUCGGGGAGAAACCUUACUGAUAACAUCUUUUGCUUUAAACCCUUCCGAAGUCAACUUAUCUUAUAACAAAUAAGCUAUGUAAUGAGCCCUAGCUGCUUCAUGGCAGAUAAAUAUGAAGGAAAUGAAAUAUUUGGAGUUUCAUUCUAUUAUUUAACUAUGGCUGUGGAUUGAAUGAAAGAUGAUCAACUAUCUUCUUUGAAUA